GUUUCUAUAAUGUAAUAAUACAGAUUACUUAUACAUAUACUAAAAUUCACCAUAAGAACUAAACCCUCCUUUGAUCCUCAUCGAUAUCCUGAAAAACAUCAACAAUGCAGUGCUGACACAGAGAUCCAGCAGAAAAAAAAAACAUGUAAGGUUCAGGGGAGCAAACUAUGAUUUCCUACCAUUAAUAAUGGAGGUAAUAAAUGUUGUGAAUUUUAUACAAAUGUUCACAAGGCAUAAGAUUGAGUCUGGGUGACACCAUCUGCACACACCGCCCAGAGGAGCAUCCUUUUCACUAUAACUCCAAAAGCUGACAACAACAAAAUUCAAUAACAAGCAAAAGGUAAUGUGAAGAAUACACAAAAAUCAUAAAACUUAAUUUGACAUUUCAAAGCCACCAUUCUCAGUGUUCUAGGAGGGAGGUACCUUUCAAAAUAAUAAGACAAGCUCCAAAACAAUAGCAGCAUUUGGGUCACAAAAGGAAACAGAGCCUCACUCUGAGAUAUUACAUCACAAUUACAUAUUCAGUAGUCAAGCUCAUUGCAUAUGUCAGAAAGUGAAAAAACAUAAUCUCCAACCCUUCAAAGUUGGUUAGGGACAAGUUGAAAUAGCAUCGUAUUUGACACAUGACAUGAAAAAGCAUCAUAUUUGAUACAUGACAUGACAUAGCAUCAUAUUUGAUACAAGAUAUGAAAUCUGUCUGAGAAAUCAAGAGCCUAUGUGUUUCCAGAGCUAACACUUGAAUAUGUCAGUCCACACUUAAGCAUAGGAUCAGGCUAGGUGCAAUGAGGAUAUCAUAACAUUAGAUAUUAGUGAGGCAUGGACUGGUGUCAAGUCUAAAUGAUUUUAAAAUAUAUUUUUUUUAUUUACACGCAUUCCAGUAAUCAAAAUUAAGUCUCUGCUUAUGAUUGAGUCAAAAUGUCUGUACCGGGUACAAAGUACAAUGAUCCAAAAUCAGCAACAAAGUUGGUUGGGAUGCUUUCUGAAUAUUUUUUUUUUUUAAAGCCAGUGCUAACCCUAGCACGAGAAUCUGCAACAUUUUUUAUAGAUUUUUAUCUGCUAAGAAAAUGUUUUGGGAGCUGAAGACGGGUGGAGUGUUUAAAUGGAGCCAAACACAGGGGUGGAGUGUUUAAAUGGAGCCAAACACAGGGGUGGAGUGUUUAAAUGGAGCCAAACACAGGGGUGGAGUGUUUAAAUGGAGCCCAACAUGGGGGUGGAGUGUUUAAAUGGAGCCAAACACAGGGUUGGAGUGUUUAAAUGGAGCCAAACACAGGGUUGGAGUGUUUAAAUGGAGCCAAACAGGAGUUUGAGUGUUUAAAUGGAGCCCAACACAGGGGUGGAGUGUUUAAAUGGAGGCAAACAGGAGUUAGAGUGUUUAAAUGGAGCCCAACACAGGGGUGGAGUGUUUAAAUAUCAUAGAUAAGUUUAAAAAAAAAAAAAAAAAAAGAUCAAUCUUGGGUGGGGUGUUUAAAUGGAGGCAAAAAGGGGGUAGAGUGUUUAAAUGGAGCCCAACACAGGGGUGGAGUGUUUAAAUAUCAUAAAUAAGUUUAAAAAAAAAAAAAAAAAGAUGUCCAUCUACUCUUUGAGAAAGCCACAUGAGGCCCCAGUUAGCCGACACAUGAGGCCCCAGUUAGCUGACACUGUCACAACAAAAUAUUAUCACAAUGACAAUGAAUAAAUGAGUUAUAAAAUGUCUAACUUUCUACUCAAGAACUCAAUAUAAAUAUUUCAGGAUCUCUUAUGAACAUCUCAAGAUAUGAAUGAUAGUAAAAACACCUUCAGGUUUUCUUUGUACUUCUUUGAACUCUGCCCAUAGUAACUAGACUUAGAGACAUUACCAUUGACCCAACUGCUUACAAACCAAAGUUAAAAUCUGUUCCCUGUCAACAAACAGCAACAGAUUUGUUUGAAGAGGCUACAUAAAUUCAAACUGAAUAUGACAUUUCCAGGACAUCAACAACAAAAACUUGAUCAAGUUAUUAACUGUUGUGUUGCUAU